AUGUCUCGCCAAUACGAAAAACAACUUCCAACUGAAAAACGAGUAAAAACUUCAUGUGCUCCCCGCCAUUUUUUAAGAGUAAAGAAUGGCCAACAAAACGCCGCAGCUUUUCAGCGUCGUCGGCGUUCUCUAUUUCCUUCAAAUUUAACAACAAAUACAACAAUAGAACGAAAUUCUAAUUCUUUUGCAAAUAUUGCUGAACUUGGAAAAUUAAAUAAUGACAAUUCUGAAGAAUCCUCCCCAUCAUCUCCUUUACACAAAACAGCUUCUCAUACAGGACUGUCUGAGGGAGUGGGGAAAAAUGGAGGUGGGGGAGGAGGAGGAGAUUUUCAUUCGGCCAGAUUAAAAUCUAGUAGAGGCAUUAGACCAAUGACUAGACAUAUGGAUAGAGAAGAAAUUGCCAGAAUUGAUGCCCAAUCACCUUUACAACAAUACAAGGAAUUGUUGAGAGAAUUACAAAUUAGUACUUGGAAGUUGAUUAACGAUGCGGGUAAACCAGUCUAUGGAUUUAGCUUCAAAAAAGAGCUUCGUUCUGUCAAUCCUUUCUCGCCUACGCACAAGGAUAGAACUAAAAGGAUUGCAAAGGAACUUUCUUCAAUGCACAAUUCCCUUCCCUUAAAUGCUUCAAAUGCCAUUUUUAUUUGUAUGGACGAAACUAGAUGUGAUAUGUUAAAGGCAUUAAUUAAAAAUAUUUUCCUGGCUGUAUUAAUAAGUGGCCCGGACGAUACUCCCUAUCAGAAUGGACUGUUCGAGUUUGACGUGUUCUUUCCUGUAAAUUACCCGCAACAACCUCCAAAAUGCUCAUUUCUUACUACUGGCUCUGGUAAUGUUCGUUUCAACCCAAAUCUGUACAACGACGGCAAAAUUUGUCUUUCAAUUCUGGGCACAUGGGAAGGAAGGCCAGAAGAGAAAUGGAGUCCUCUAUGUUCUCUCCUUCAAGUUUUAAUUUCUAUUCAGGGACUCAUAUUUGUCCACCAGCCCUAUUUCAACGAGCCAGGAUUUGAAAAAGGUCAAGGAACUACAAAAGGAGACGAAAAUUCUCGAAAAUACAAUUUACACAUAGAAAAUGCAACUCUAGUCUAUGCAAUAUACGAACAAUGGAAAAAUGGCCCAAUUUAUUUUCGGGAUAUAAUUAAAAGACAUUUUUGGGCUAAAAGAGAAUCUGUGUUAAAACAGGCAGAAAGGUGGCUACAACAAGUUGUGGAUGAAGUUAGAAAUAAUAGUGGGCCUAAAAAGGAGGAACUUAAUGGAAUGGUGGAAAGUGUUUUUAGUAGUUCUAAUGUACAGGUAGAAUAUUAUAGUGAUCGAAAAAAAUUUUUUUGA